AUGUGUCCCAACCAAUCACCUCUUUCAGACUACACAGGAGUCUCCAGCGUGAGCCCAAUGGCAGCAGGGAGCAGGAAUCCAUCCCCUUGGAGCAGAGAGGACACGGAGCCCACUAGCCUCCCUGGGGCUGCAUCGACCUUGGGAAAUGCCCCUUUCAGGACCCCGGGACCCAUCCUCUCCACAGACACACCUGCGGGCUCAGAGUCUGCUCAGACUGCCAGUCUCUUUGUGGGCUCGGCACCAGGUGGCCAGGCUGGAGAGACACCCCCGCCAAGCGUGUCUGCUGUGGGAGGCCAUCCCACUGCAGGAGGGUCUGUGGGCCCUGGCUCUCUCCCUCCUGCUGCCACAGCCUUUGAGUCUGAGGGCAUGGCAGGCUCCAGCGUCCCCUUAGACAGCAGCCCUCGAAGGACCGUUUCCUCCUUUUUGCCCACGGCCACCUCGGCUGCCGCCACAGCAGCGAUGUGGGAGCAUGACACCACCAGGCCUCCUGAAAGGGGUCCAGGUGGCUCCUUCCAUACCGAGAUCCCUUCUUCAGGGAAAGGCAUCAGCACCCUCCUUGCUCUGUCUCCUUCUGACUCGGGCUCCACUAGCAGAGUCCCCGGCGCGACCUCCCUUUCCCAGGGCACACAGACAGUGGCUUCCACCAUCCCUGAGGAGUCAGAGGCCCAGACAGGGAUGCCGGCCAGCUCGGUUGGUCUGACCACCCCUCCCCGGAGUCAGAUCUCCAGUACCGAGGAGGCAGAGACAGCCACGGCUGCCCCUUCCCUGGGAGCCAGCCCAGGGCCAGUGGAUGCACCCACUGCUUUCCCUGUUUCCACGGGCCCUCUAGGAACCGCCAUGGCCCCAGGAGGGAGCCCUAGUUCUAGGAGGACCCUGGAGACUUUGUGGACCGAGACAAGCAGCCCCUUUGCUUCUCCCAGCACGAGCCAGCAGAAGGGCGGUCCUCCUCCUGGGCUAGGGCCCUCUGGCUCCACGAGCACCCGGACACCUGUGGGCAUGACUGAGCCGAGGAGCAGCGCUGUGGUCUCUUCAGCUCCUGGCACAACGAGGACCCCGUAUGCCACGGAGGGGACCAGCCUCCUGGCUUCUCGUGAAGGCUUCCUGGCGACGACUGACACGCAGAGCAGGCCCGAUGGGACAUCUCCCAGCAUCCUCCUGGCUGGGUCAGUCUCAGCAGGCAGCCCUCGAGGCUCAGAGAGCAGCAUGCACUCAGAGAGUUCCUCAGUGUCUGCAGAGAUGGCGGUUGGAGAGAUCACGCUGCCCCCGGGGAGUUCCACCACUGCCUUUCCUGUGGACAGCCCCUCAAGCCAUGGCCCCAGCGUUCCCGUGAUCAGUGCCAGAGCCGAGACGUCAUCCCAGCCGGAGCCGGUGACGGUAGCUGAGUCGGCCCCUUCUCCUGUCUCAGGGACUGCCCCUGGUGAAAAUGCAGCUGUGCCAUGGCUUUCUACCCCAGCUGAGGCCCUGAGUGCCUUAAGCACAGGCCUCAAUUGGCUGUGGACUCUCCCUGCAGCCAGUCCAGAAGCGUCCUCAGGGAGCAGCACCGUGGCUCUGGACAAGGUUUCAGCUGUGCCAGAGACCGAGGGGCCAAGCCUGGCUGCCAGCAGCAUGGUCACAGACACGCUCCCUCCCUCUGCCACCUCUGCUCAGCAUCCUGGCCACCCAAGUCCGGGAGGAGGGAUUGGCUCCGCUGGCUCCCUGACCUCAGCCUGGUCCCCAGAGCCAGCAUCCUCCGACUCUGGCACUGGAGCCGCCUCUUCCUCUCCUCCAGAUGUGAGCUCCUCUUUGGGGGUGACUCGAGCUGGCAGCGGGGCAUUGCCGAUGGACUCGCAGACCACAGACCUUCUCUCGUCGGCCACUGCACCAGCGUAUGGCACAUCAGCAGAGGCCACAAGGACUGUGACAGGAGGUGGCCCUCCAGGGGUAUUGAGUCCAGGGCCCAUUCCCAGCUUGGGAGACUCGAUCACAGCCUCCUGGAAGGACUCAGCAGGCACGGGCAGGAGCUCUGUGUCUCCGGAGCUUACCCUGCCUGUUGUUUUGGGUACUGACGCCUCCACAGGGUUCACAGCAUCUGGUGGCCCAUCCAGUCCUCCUCCAGGGACUGAGCUGCCAACCAUGCCUGGCACCGAGUCGCCAUCCUCACCUCUUGCAGUUGUGGAAGCCAGUUCUGCUUCUCCCCUUUCCUGGGGCCCGGGGGCCAGCCCUUCCCCCGGUUUCUCCCAGUCGACAUCGGAGGACAAAGGAGGCUCCUUUCCGAGCGCCACCAAGCGCACGUCGGAUGUCUCAGCCUCUGGGCCCACCGUGAGUUCAGAGAGUGUUGUUGCCACCUCGUCAGUGCCCAGCACAGAGGAGAUUGGCUCCGGGUCCGCUGCCUCCCUGGGCACCAGACUUCCACUCUUGACUGGCGGGAACAGGGUUACGGGAACAGGGGCUCCAGGCUCUACCCCGGAGCCCACAAGCCCUUGGCGUACAGGCCCGGCAGCAACACCAAGGCCCGGCCUGACCUUCGGCCCUGCCCGGACAGAGAGCACAGUGCCCGUGAGCACAGGUGCUGGCUCAGAGACACCUUCAUCCAGCUCUGUGGGCAGCCAACCGAUAGCACCAGACACCAGCAUUGCCAGCCUUCCGGACCCCCUGGCGACUGAGGCCACCAGCUCUGCGUCUCUCCUUUCGCCAGAGACAGGUUCCCCGGGAAAACUCCAUGUGCUGUCGAGCCUCAGCCCACACUCCCCUCCUGUGUUCACGCCGUCCUCGUCCCGGACCAGCCCCUCUUCUCCUGGGAUGGCCCCUUUCUCUGGGUCAGAGCAGAACACAGAAGCAAGCGGGGCAUUUGUGCCAGUUUCAGUUGCCACGGAGACUCUGUGGGCAUCUGGCCCUUCCCCGUCCUGGUCCACACUGACAGCAGACAUCCCUGGCCCAGCUGGUACAGCCUCUGGCUCAGGCCCUGCUCCUUCCACUUCAUCCCAGUUCACAAGCAUCAGUGAGAGCCUAGGUGCCAGCAGCCCCCCUGCAGACCUAACCUCCCAUGAAGCCAUCGCCACAUCUGCAGCCAGUGAGGCCCUGGGGGCCUCCACCAGUGUCAGCACUUCAGGUCAGUAGGAGUCUGCCGUCUGCUUAUUGUGCUGGAGAAGCCUUCUCUGUGCUUGGUUUGUAUCGCCUCCUCUUGGGGCCUCUCCAUGUGGUGGAUAUGUGUUGGGCUAUUCUUGGGUCCUGGGGACCCGGCUUAGGAUUUUGCCCUUUCUGGGAACAUUUCCAUUCUGGCUUGCUUGGGGUCUCCCUUUGAAGUCUUUCCCUCCAUGUCUGUCCCUUUGAGGUUGGAAGCGCAGACUCUGUUCCUUUGGAGCUGGACAC